AUGGUGGCUUUUGCGAGAAGCUGCCAGAAGGUUCCCCCGUGUCCGCCCGAGCCAACGCCAGCCGGCUCCGAGACGGACCCGCCGCUGGCCAAGGCCGAGCCCAGCAGCGAUGGCGUAUCUGACAGAAGGGUGGAUGAAAAUGGGCAUCCCUAUUUGCCAUGGUCAUGCUGCUCAAACUGCUGUUGCCUGACUUGCCACAGCAGAAAGGAAGAAUUCUGCCUGUGUUGGCACUUCUUGUUUACCCUUGAGCGGAGCUGUACCUGUUUCCCACAUCCCUAUGAAGAAGACAAACCUUGCCAGUGCAGCCACUGCUCCUGUGCAGAGCAAGCAAGUUGCUAGUGAUGCUGCUGCUCUUGUUCACAUGAGCCAGACUGCAAAUGCUGCUGCUGGGGUGGAGAGAAUUCAGCAUGUCAGUAUUAUGCAAGCAAGUGCUGCAGAAGCUCUGUCGAUGAACCACAUCACUCAAGAGCACCUGGAGCUGUUCAGUCAAAAGAUGUCAUCUCAAGAUUUAGAACUAGGAAUAAUGUGUCUGUCAUUACAUCAGAAAAGAAUGUCUCCAGCCACUCUUUCCAUAACAAACUUGCUUGUCCAUUGUGUAAGCAAAUGUUUCUCCAACCAUUUAUGCUGCCAAGCAAUCACUGUAUUUGUGAGAAAUGUAUAACUAAAAGCAAGACCAAAGCUGAAAUAACUGAAAACUUUUAUAUCAUCAUAUGCCCAGUGUGUAGCAAAGAACACUGCCUCCCCUACACAAAUAAAACUCAGCUGAGGAAAACAAAACUAGAUGAGAAAUACAAGUGCAGACGUGGCUUUCAGAGGUGUAGAUUUGACCACAGUGAAAGACCAGCCUACUGUGAAACUUGCAGGGAGAGAAGAGUGGCAACCAAAAUAUGUAGAAUAUGUGGAAUCAACUAUUGUAAUGAAUGUCUGCAUUUAAAUCAUGGCAAGAAUGACGCUCAAGACCACAUUUUCACCAAAGUACAUCAAGAAGAUCAUGAAUAGCAGCGCUGCUUACUGCACAGCAACUCAAACCUCUCUGAAUACUGUCUGGGUGGCCACGACCUGAUCUGUGAGUUCUGCAAGAAUGCACAGCACAGUGAUCAUGAGACUAUUCCCCUGGCAGUCGCAUGUUCAAGAGAGCCUGCUUCUCUCUUUGAUACAACUGCAAAAUUUAGAAAAGGUGUGAGUCUAAUGGAAGUUAUCCUGAUAAAAAAUAGUUUCAAGACAUAUAAGGACAUCAAAAGAAAGGAGAUCAAAUUCUUAAAAUCACGUAUGGUUCUUCACGAACAAGAAAAGGAGAUGAUAGAGUUGCUUGAAAACACUGAACUUAAAAAACAGAAAGAAAUUUCAGAAUACAUAAACUAUACAGCCAGUCAGCUAUCAUAUAUGAAUGCUCUUACUCAAUACUCUAAAGUGGCUCUUAAGGAGGAAAGCCAAGUUGUGUUUCUGCAAUCUGCACACUGCUUAGUGAAAGAAGUAGAAAAUGCGGUUCCUUCCAUUUUCCGAUCUAGUUCACAUCUAAGAGAUGAUCCCUUACGAAAACUUCAAUGCAGCUUUGAUGAACUUUUCUCCAUUUUACAGGGACUUGUCCUAUCCCUUAGAAUAAAGCAGUCAGAAAGUAAAGCAGAAAAAUACCCUGAGAUAAUGGUUCCAAGGCAUGUUUCAAGCACUCAUGACUCCAAGCAAGUAACAUUGUUCUGAAGCCCAUCUUUAGGUUCCUUGUUUGAUUUAGGUGUGCUGUCUGAAGACACUGUCAGAAGACUAAGCUCUACGCGUCCCCAUCAUCCUACACAGAGUAAUGAAGUGUGUGCAUACCGAGAUACAGAUUGUGAAACUCCAAGAAAAGAAAGAAAAUAUCAGAUAGUUAACUUUUCAAGUCCAGAACCUAUAGACAAUGAAUCAGCCCCAAGACCUGUUGUUAUAUAUCAGGCUGUUGUUUACUCGAGGUCUGUCAAAAUGUACCAUACUUGAUCCCCCAAAGACAUGAGUGUCUUUGAGGUAGAAUUUUAUGAAUUUGCUCAUAUUGGCCCUGAUAACACUGUCCAGACACAACUAGCUGGGCAGCUAAGCAAAAUACAGCAGUAGAACUUAGAAAUAUAUAAUCUGGAUACAAAUACAGAAUAUCUUUGUAAAGUCUGUGCUGUUAAUGCAAUUGGUCGAGCAGAAUGGAGUGAGAUCUGUAAGAUAACCACUUCAGAUGAAUAUGGGAAAAUCGAACAUGCAGGGAAGAAGCACAAGGAUGGAAACACAACCGGAAAGCUGAAGACAUUUUGCAAAGUCCAGUAUUUCGGUGAAAAAGCAUUUUUAGGGCAGACCUUGUGUAACCUCAACCACAACUUAUCUGAUCAAAAACCUAUAACUAAAGCUUUGCACAAAAGGCUGGAUGGAGUUAAAGAUAAAGCAUAUAACAUUCAUUUCAUCACCCAGUAA